AUGGGUUCCCACGUGCUUAAGCAACAGCGUAAAAAUGCCAAUUCAGACAUGCCGGGUGACGGGGUUGUCCAUUAUAACCAUUCCCAGUUCAGCCAGAGCGGCUGUAACCAUUCCCAGUUCGGCUGGAGCGGCUGUGGGACUUGGCCUCCCCGAACUGCCCUUGCCCGGGAGCAGCGAGGAGAGAAAACAUUCCGGGGGUUGAAGCUGGGGCCGGGGGGAGCUGAGCCCGGGAGCCCUGGCUCCGGGCUGCUGGCCGGCUGUGCCCCCGACUCGCGUUCUGCCUCCAGAAUGGACGUUCAUGUGGGUCCUUUGAUGCCGACGCAAGUCGCCCGGGUAACUGCUGUGUCUGCACCGGCGGUGGCGAUCAUGGCAACCAAUUUGGUGGAUCAGACUUUAACAGAUAAUGGCAAAGAAUCGAGUAGAUCCUCCUGCCCACCGACCUUGAUUUUACACACGGAGAGGAAGAGUACCCCCGUGGAGAGCGAUGGCAAUAAGGACCAUUCUUUUAAACUAGUAAAUGAGGAUGACGGCACAUCAAACGGCAGCAAGCCCGUGGCAUCCACUCCAGUGCCAGGAUCUCCAUGGUGUGUAGUCUGGACUGGAGAUGACCGGGUCUUCUUCUUCAACCCUACAAUGCAGCUGUCAGUCUGGGAGAAGCCGGUGGACUUGAAGCACCGCGGCGACAUAAACCGGAUCAUCGAGGAUCCUCCUCACAAGCGCAAGCUGGAAGCUGCAGCAACAGAUAAAUGUGUUAGUUCUUGUCCAGGGGAUGAAAAUGAUGAUCUUAGCAUCAAAACUAAGAGAAAUAAAACAGAAGAUUCCCAGGCUGCUGACCAGGGGAAGGCUGAAACGGAGGAGAAAAAUGAGGAAACGUCAGCACCUCGGAUCACGCCUCCCUUAGAAGAGCGCAUCACUCAUUUCCGAGACAUGCUUCUGGAGAGAGGGGUUUCAGCAUUUUCUACAUGGGAAAAAGAGUUACACAAAAUAGUAUUUGAUCCACGCUACCUUCUACUAAAUUCAGAAGAACGUAAACAGAUAUUUGAACAGUUUGUCAAGACCAGGAUCAGAGAAGAGUACAAAGAAAAGAAAAAUAAAUUGUUGUUAGCCAAAGAAGAAUUUAAAAAGCUCCUUGAAGAAUCCAAGUUAUCGCCAAGAACAACAUUUAAAGAAUUUGCAGAGAAAUAUGGAAGAGAUCAGCGGUUUCGCCUUGUUCAGAAGAAGAAGGACCAAGAGCAUUUUUUCAAUCAGUUCAUACUUAUUCUUAAAAAGAGGGACAAAGAAAACAGGAUAAGGCUACGGAAAAUGAGAUAAAAGCUCCUGAAACUGGCAAUAAAUACACAAGUCAAUGCUGUGACUGCAGUACGAAAUUCAAAUGAAGGCUAAAGUGUUCGGGGUUAAACUUGCAACAGCUUGACGAGGAAGCGGAUAUCCCUGAGAAAAUCUUUCUCUAAACAGAGUUUAUUGAACAUAUAUUGAAUUUGUGAAGGUUGUUCUGCAGGAAUCUGAAGGAUAUUUUGUUCUCAAAAAAUUAAUGUUUCAUAUUGAAGCUCUCUUUUGUACAACAUCCAGAGUUUGAUGCAUUUCUAAUUGCCAUGAUAUGUCAAUCCCUUAAUUGUUUUAAUUAUGCAAAUUACUUGUAAUAUACACAAAUUAUGAAUCCAAUGCAGAUUUGUAAUUAAGCAGAAGCAGAUGCCAUCCAUAACAAUCUCAAGAUAUUUUCAUCAUUUAGGGGAAUUAUCUAAAGCAAUCUUUUGGCAACUUUAUGCAUUAACAUAAAGUGUUUAGAGGUACGGUGGUAUGCAGGAAUUCGUUACCCGGUGUUCAUACGUCUCUGUCCAGUUCUUUGAGUAGUAGUAAUAAGAUAUUAAUUGUUAAUCUUAGUGAAGAGUGUGAAAAUCUUGGCAUAUGUUCCAUAGGAAAACUCUAAGUUUCAGAAAUGGCUUUCUACUUAACGUGAAUGGUGCUUUCAGGCACACAGGCGAUGGCAACACUCCUCCGUCAGAGUUCCUAAAGAGGUUCUUUUGUAAAACCAUCACAGUAUGAUUUCAAUUAUGUUACUGUAUGUGAAAAGUCUGCAUGAGAUUUUUCUCAUCAUAUUUGUAUAAAUAAAUAUUUAACUUUUUUAAUUAAUAAACAUUU